UUUGGAGUUUUUUUGUAAAAGUGUGGUUGUUUCUCGUCGGUAUUUCGUUUUUCUUUAGCAGUGAAAUUAUUUAAUAAAAAUUUAAAUAUUGUAUUAAAUAUUCUGUAAAUAGCUAUAAAUAAAAUGGCUCAUAUAAGAGAAACAGCCGACAAGGCUUUAAAAAUGCUGCGCACUUUGCCUAGAGUACAAAUUGGCAAUUUAAGACCCAAUCCAAAUUCUAAACAAAAUGAUAAAAGAGGUCGUGCCCAGCAUGGUGGUGAUAAACAUGGUGCCGGCAACAAAGGUUCCGGUCAGAGACAAAAUUUCAUGCGUCUCGGUUAUGAAACAGGCAAUACACCCUUCUAUAUACGUUUUCCCUAUGAACCCUACUAUAAGGGACAUCAUCUGAGAAGACAAUAUCCCAAGAUUUCCUUGUUACAAUUGCAAGUUAUGUUGGACACCAAUCGCAUCGAUGCCAAACAGCCUAUAGAUUUGACUACUCUUUGUAACACCGGUUUGGUUAGUUUCAAUCCUGCCUCCAUGGAAUUUGGUUUUCAAUUAACUGAUGAGGGUGCCGAUAAAUUUAAGACCAAAAUAUGUAUUGAAGUGCAGCAUGCUAAGGAAUCGGUUAUAGCGGCCAUAGAACGUAAUGGUGGUGUUAUACGUACCGCUUAUUAUGAUCCCAGAAGUUUACAUGCUUUAAAAAAUCCCGAAAAAUGGUUUGAAAAGGGUGUACCUAUACCCAAGAGAUUGUUGCCACCACAAGACGCUAUAGGUUAUUAUUCGUCGGCGGAAAAUCGUGGUUAUUUGGCAGAUCCCGAAGAAAUCAGUAAACAUCGUUUGGUUUUAGCUCAAAAAUAUGGUUAUGAAUUGCCCAAAAUAGAAGAGGAUCCAGACUAUGAAAUGCUUACUAGCAUGAAGGAUGCUAGACAAUUGUUCUAUGGUUUAGAACCCGGUUGGGUGGUUAAUCUUAAGGAUCAAACUAUUAUAAAACCCAAAGAAAGCAUGCAAUAGAUAACGUGUAAACUUCUACUUUAUAUUAAAUAGUUCUUGUUAAAAAUAUGCAUAAAAUAAAUGUUUAAAAAAAACUUUAUAUAAAUCAA